AUGAGACCGCCAUUUGAGUGGUCUCCCCACUUCAUUCUACUCCCUUUAUUAAUCGUCAUAUCAUCUGGAUUCCCACUGGAAGAGAAAUUCGAUGGCCUCUUCCGAGCAGAGCCACCACACUGCUCAAAAACUCCAAUAGUACGGGCGCAGACAUCUCAAAAUGCCAUGUCAUCGAUCGCUCGUGGAAUGCAGAUGCAGUUCUCCAUCGGAUUGCACACGGCCGUCUGUUUCCGAUUGUACGAGGAUACACGGCUCGCUUCAAGUUCAAUUAACGGAGUAGAUGAUGAUGCUGGAAAUCAGACAUCUCUCUUGCAUACCAUCCGAUUGGAGAAAUUGGAACACCAUCAUCCGAUCACCCAACGCUACACUUUCGGAAUCCCUGAAGUUCAUGCCAGCUGCAUUUGCGAAUGCGACGCCACUGCCUCCACCUGCACAGCAGAAUCUCAUCAAUUCACUGCUUGUCCAGAAUCUGAAAAGUCUGAUGAAACCACGUCGUGUUACCGUACUUUCUUCCCAAAUCAAACUCCAAUUGGGUGCAGUGAAGACGAUAGUCCGAAGCUCUGUUGUGAUGUGAGAUUCAAGCCAUACAAAAACAUGACAUUCCUGGCUGUCAAACUCGAACAGCCCACGACCUACGCAACAUUUGUCUACGCAGCUUAUGAUUUUGUAAAUGGUUACUGGGUGGAGAAGGAUAAAACCACUAUUCGAUCCCAAUUGGAUGGAGGAACUCAAGAUAGACACUUGGACUCAAAAAGAAGAAUUUCUCUAGCAGUGACUGCUGGAGGAAGAGCAUCCCACCAACUGGAAACCGGAAUGUAUUUCUCGAGAACGAGUAACGGAGGAGAGACCGAGGAGUUGAGAAUGCAACCGUUGAACGAGAUUACUGAUAAUAACUUCGACCGCCUUGGAUGGUAUCGUAUGGACGAGUCGGGUCACUUCCAUGUUAACAACGGAGUCGUCAAAAUGGAUGAUAUCCACAAGGCCAAGGUGAAGAAUUGUAAGGAACAAACUUAUCGAUCAAUUCUAGCGGCUAAUAAUUAUAUGCCAAACCAUUUCAACUUGAGCCGCCCACUAGAAGUCAGCAAGCCAUGGAUUCAAUCCGCUCGGAUUUUCGACAGCUCCUCUCGUCAAGCAGUGGUAACUCAUGCCGAGGGAACUAAUCUUCAGAUAUCUAUUCAUUUGGACGAUGAAGUGGAGAGUCAAAAUCUGGUAUUCUUCCACAACGCUUCUCGUAUCCGCGAUUUCUCUGGAUCCAUCAUUGUUGAUUCGAAAUCUAAUAGACUUUUCAACUUGACAGUCUAUGAAGCAUCUGGAAAAAUCGAUGGUUCUGUGAAGAUGUCAACUGGAUUUGGUUCGGACACAAUUCACACUUUUACUGCUUACGUCAGUGAUCUCCACGCUGCAAACCGUUCCAUGAUCAUUCCACUGCCAGCUAUCGUUGGCCAAGGAGCCAGAACAAUCUGUCUCCGUGCAGAUUCAAUGGCUGAUAUCGACAGUAUCUGCCACGUCAUCGAGUACUUUGAGAGUCCUCUGGAAAUCGAUUUGGUCGAGGGAAAAUGGCACGAGAUGAUUGGAACAUGCCCGACUUGCAAUCAGAUCAACUUCAAUGGAAUGAUGAAAUUCUUGAAUCCAGCUCACUGGAUCAAAGGGAUCAGUUCGAUUGGGGAUGGAGUCAUGAUCGCCACGGAUAUCGUUGUGUACCUCGGAGUGUUGUGUAUUCUGUAUUUGUUGAUCACCAAGAUCAUCAUUCCGUUGGUGAGAUGCUGGGUGUGUCCGAUGUCAAUGUGCUGUACGGGAUCUUCUUCAUCGUCUUCGAAGAGCAAGAGUGAGAAGAGGAGAAGAGAGAGGGAGGAGAGACGCAGAAGAUCCAAUGCUCCAUCACCUGAACCCCAUGACACGUUGGCCAGAUACCAUGGCACCCGUUCAGAUCGCUAUUACAGUAGCAGCGAGUACAUCUGA